GGAAGUCACGUGGUAUCUCCGCACUCGUGUAGGGCACGUUGUAUCAUGAUAGAAUUAUCUCGCUGUAGUUCUACUAAAAAAUUAUCUAUUAGCGAAUUUUCUUUUAAACAUCGACGUCAUAUACGUAACAAAGAUUUAGUCAAUCCUUAAGAAAAACUAUCAAAAUGCCGAAAGGACGAAAGAAAGGUGGAAAAAAGAAUAAUAGAAAUGGAGUUGAUUCUGAUGACGAAAUUGAAGGAAUUGAUAACGGAAGUGUUUACAGCAAUCAAAGUGAUUCACGUAGUGCUGGAACAGCAGAUGGUUUUACAGAUGAUAUCGAUGAAACUAGCGUACAAGAAAGCUUUGAAGACCGUCUAACAGAUUUUAUUGAAAUGGCUGGUCAAAAAAGCGCCAAAGGACGAACUGAUUGUUUAAAUGCAAUAUCUGAUGCUAUGCGAAAAAAAAUUCUGCUAGACUUUCUCUAUGAUAGGAAAUUAACCGUAAGUGAUGUGAUCGAAAAGUGUCUAAAAAAAGGUAAAAGUGCUGAACAGUGUGCAGCUGCACAUUGCUCAGCCCUUUUAGCUGUUCAGUUGGGCCUUAAUGUGGAUACGGAGGAAAUGUUCAAAACAUACAAGCCAAUAUUGACAACAUUAAUGCUCGACUCUUCGGCCGAUUUGAGAGCUCGCGCAGCUUGCUCCUCCGCCUUAGGAUUAUGGGCAAUGAUUGGCGCAAGCGAAAAUGCUGAGGAAAUUCUGUCUGUUACACAAAGUCUGGCCAAAGUAUUUAAGUCAAGUUUUCUGAAAGGAGACAAAACCGCUCCUACGCACUCUCCGGAGGUGACAAAUUUACACAAUUGUGCUCUUAUGUCUUGGGGUUUAUUGAUAUGCUUAUUACCCCAACAAAAUGUUCAGGACAUUGUGCAUAAUAAUUUGCCGAGAAUUCAAGAAUUAUUAUUGAGCGGUGAUUUGGAUUUGCGAAUGACUGCUGGGGAAAUAAUUGCUCUUGUAUAUGAAUUGGCUUCAGAAAUUAAUCAGAAUUAUCAAAUUCCCUCUCAUCGUAUCCUCUGUGAGGAAUUACGAGAAUUAUCCACCGAUAGUACAAAAAGCAAAGGCAAAAAGGAGAGGAGAACACAACGUUCAACAUUUAGGGAUGUUUACAAAUAUGUUGCGAAUGGUGAAAUACCCUCAAUAAAAGUACAUUUUGGUUCCGAAAUGCUACUUAUCGAGCGGUGGACUGAAAAAAGGCAAUAUGAUUUCCUUUGUACACUUUUGAAAAGUGGAAUGAAUUUACAUCUUGCAGAAAACGAAUUUUUGAGAGAUGUAUUCAACUUAGGCCCUGUUAUACCUACCGGAUUGCCAAAAGAAAGUCGCGAGAGCAGAAUUCAAAGGACACUUCAAAAUCAAGCGAUUUCAAAAUUAAGAACUCAAACAAGAGGAAAAAACCGUGAUAAGCGCUCAGCGAUUGUUCAUGGAGAGUGA